UUCGUCGAUCGAUCGACCAAAAACAUAGCUUUCUCUCUCCUCUCUUUUCUCUCUCUCUCUCUCUCUCUCUAGGGUUUUGUUGCUAGGGUUACGGUUAGGGUUUCGGGGAGGGAUCGGCAAUGGCGACGGAGGGGGCGACGGAGGGGGCGUGGAGGAGGCCGAAGACGAAGAUCGUGUGCACGCUGGGCCCGGCGUCGAGGUCGGUGGAGAUGGCCGAGAAGCUCCUGAGGGCCGGGAUGAACGUCGCGCGCUUCAACUUCUCCCACGGAUCCCACGCCUACCACCAGGAAACCCUAGACAACCUCCGCGCCGCCAUGGACAACACCGGGAUCCUCUGCGCCGUCAUGUUGGACACCAAGGGUCCAGAGAUCCGAACUGGCUUUUUGAAAGAUGGCAAACCUAUCCAGUUAAAACAAGGCCAAGAAAUCACUAUCUCCACGGAUUACACCAUUAAGGGUGACGAGAACAUGAUAUCAAUGAGCUAUAAAAAGUUAGCAGAUGAUCUAAAGCCAGGCAGUGUCAUUCUCUGUGCCGAUGGGACCAUAUCACUGACCGUCCUUUCUUGUGAUAAGGAACAAGGCUUGGUCCGAUGCCGAUGCGAAAACUCUGCUUUACUUGGUGAGAGGAAGAAUGUGAAUCUUCCUGGUGUUAUUGUUGAUCUCCCUACACUAACAGAGAAGGACAAGGAGGACAUUUUACAAUGGGGUGUUCCGAAUAAGAUUGAUAUGAUUGCUUUGUCCUUUGUACGCAAAGGUUCUGAUCUGGUGGAAGUUAGGAAGGUGCUCGGAGAACAUGCCAAGUCAAUCAUGUUGAUGUCCAAGGUUGAGAAUCAAGAGGGAGUAGCUAACUUUGAUGACAUACUGGCAAACUCCGACGCCUUCAUGGUGGCACGAGGAGAUUUAGGCAUGGAAAUCCCGAUCGAAAAGAUCUUCUACGCCCAAAAAGUGAUGAUAUUCAAAUGCAACAUCCAAGGAAAGCCGGUGGUGACAGCAACGCAAAUGUUGGAAUCCAUGAUCAAGUCACCCCGCCCAACCCGUGCUGAGGCAACUGACGUAGCUAACGCUGUAUUGGACGGCACCGAUUGCGUGAUGCUGAGCGGAGAAACUGCUGCUGGUGCCUACCCAGAAUUGGCAGUCCAAACGAUGGCCAAGAUAUGCUUACAAGCAGAAUCCUACGUGGAUUAUGGGUCGGUUUUUAAACAUAUCAUGGCAUCUGCGCCCGUACCCAUGAGCCCACUAGAGAGCCUUGCCUCGUCAGCUGUUCGAACUGCCAACUCAGCAAAAGCUUCGCUUAUACUAGUUUUGACUAGGGGAGGGACUACUGCUAAAUUAGUGGCUAAAUAUAGGCCUGCCAUGCCGAUAUUGUCGGUGGUGGUACCUGAAUUAAAGACGGACUUUUUUGACUGGACUUGUAGCGAUGAGGCACCAGCGAGGCAUAGCCUUAUUGUGAGAGGGGUAAUACCGACAUUGAGUGCCGCGACCGCAAAGGCUUCUGAUACAGAGGCCACGGAAGAAGCACUUGACUUCGCGAUUCAGCAUGCGAAGGGUCUGGGGCUCUGUAAACCUGGAGACUCGAUCGUGGCCCUUCAUAGGAUUGGGAUUGCUUCUGUGAUCAAGAUCCUGACGGCCAAGUGACGAAGUGAUUUACCCAAGGAGUUUCUUAUGGGGACAAUUUUGGGAGGUUCAUCUCUAUAUGUUUUAUUUUAAUUAUUUCUGUAGUAGAUUUCCUAUUUUUGCUUGUGAAAUGGCAUUUCACACACUAUUUUUGUUUUGAAGAUAGGAAAUCUGUAUUCCUCGAAUCUUCUCAUUUUGGUGGUGUUUUCAACAAUAAGUACUUUCAGUUUGUUAUGCUUAUGCUUUUAAUCUUUAUGGAAAUCUAUAGUUGGUUAUCUUCUUGUCUUC